CGCUCAUUUCACAGAAGAAGUAUUUUUCUUUUCGGAAACAGAUCCCGACAAAGCGGCCCUAUUUCUUUUCAGCCCGAAAAAGUCGAAUUAUCCGAAAACCGACGAUGUACGCCAGGACAAAUACCGGCAGCACACACGGAGACUUUCAAGAUAGAAACGGAGUAAAUUAUGUGACAUCAACAGAGUCUUUCGGCCACUGCUCUCAAUUGUUCUGGAAAAAGGAUCCCAACGACUCCGGACCGAGUUCGACCAUCAGCUGGUGCGAUCAGCUCCCUACGUCCUCGGCAGCCCUCUCCAGUUCCAGUCUCUCCUCAGCGUCACUCUCCAGCUCCAGUCUCUCCUUGGAGUCCCGAGCACCGGCGCCAGCAGCGACAGACGACAUGGAUUCCGACGAGAGGCCGUACGCCUGCGACAUGUGCACCUGCGCCUACAAGCAUGCCAGCUCCCUGCUCAACCACAAGCUCACCCACAAGACUGGAGACUUCAGGUGCGACUUUUGCAGCAAGCCCUACACCAACUACAUGUCCCUGCGCAACCACAUGCGAAUCCACGGUCAGAAGCGCUACAUGUGCGACCUGUGCGGUAAGGCCUUCCGUCUGGCCCGGUACCUCCGUAACCACCAGAGGAUCCACGACGACGGGCCCAACCGCUUCGACUGUCCCUCCUGCUGUAAGAGCUACAGGACCAUGCUGGAGCUGGCCCAGCACCGCUGCACUGCUGCUGCCACAACCAACCAGAACCGGUUCAACUGCCCGUCCUGCUUUAAGAGCUACAGAACCAUGCUGGACCUGGCCCAGCACCGCUGCAGCGCCGCGGCCAAAAACCAGUCUGGUGGUCGUCGUUCCAAUUACGGCAGCGGUCAUCGCCGGCAGCAGCAACAGCAGCAGCAGAACAGGGCCAAUGCCAUGAUGCAACCGCCGCAUGGGGGACACGGCCAGCAGGAGCCUCUGCCCUCCCACUGCGUCUCCCCCAUGUCCCAGGGAGGUGUGACCAGCCAGUCUGACCCGCACCAGCAGGGCCGUCCCAGCUCGGUGUCCUCCCAGAGCAGCCAGCAGAGCAUGAGGAGCACGUCCUCCAACAAACACAUCUCCUCCUCCAGUGCCACCCCGUCCUCCUCCUACUCCCUGCUCCAGCCCCUGGUACCUGAGGUAAAGGAGCUGAGCUCGGGAUACACUAGGCUGAGCGCCAACCCCAUGCCGAAGCACCAGGACACUUUCUCUCUGGCCCCCCAGCGUCCCCUCACCACCAUCACCCCAUCGGCCACUCCCAUCCGAACGGAGCGUCCACGCUAAGCCUUCCCCGGUGCCACGCACCAUCCAGGCCAUGCCCUGGGAGCAGCGCUCCUCUACAAUCAAUGAGACCCUCUGGAACCAGCCGCCCUGACACCCCCCCCCCCCCCCCCCCCCUCUUCACGUCCACCAUCACCCCCACACACACUCCUCAUUCCUCCACCCCUUUCGGACCCAGCAAGGAGGGAGGACUUGGACGCCCCUCCACCGCCUCACCUUCCGUUAGAACGUUGUGUUUGGGAUUGGAGAAGGGCCCAUUGAGAACUAGUUGAGAUUGAUACUGAGUAGUUAGGUUUAAAAAAA